ACAAAAGUCAUUCCAGUGACGUCAGAGUUCCAUCUUAUGGGGUGUAACCGAGACUUUCCCCCCACGGACCGUGAUGGUAGCAAUGGAUGGAAGCGAGGACUCCAGAUUUGCGUUUCACUGGUACGUGCAGAAUAUCCACAGGCCCGGGGACAGGGUUGUUAUUGUUUUCGCCGUGGAGUUCCAUUCGGAGAACGACUCCAGGUGGCUAUUUUCUUUUACAGAAAGUGUGGAAGAAAAAGUAGGUGGAUCUCUUGACAGAAAAAGAGCCAGACACAUCGAGACAGUCAAAAAGUUCUCAAAACUGUUAGAAAACUCUAAGAUUUUAGGUGAAGUCAAUGCCAUCGUUUCCAAAUCCCCGGGAGAGGGUAUAGUACAAGCGGCCAACGAAAUCCACGCCUCUUUUAUCGUGACAGGCACAAGGGGUCUCGGAAAAGUGCGAAGAACUAUUUUAGGCAGUGUCAGUGACUACAUACUGAGGCACGCUCCAAUGCCCGUAGUUGUCUGUAGAUAUGUGGAGAAGAAAGGUUGUGAAAAGUUAUAUCGUGAUAAAUGACAAUUAAACUGUAAACAUUCCUAAAGAUUAGUGUUGUCCUGAGCGGAACUGAUGAAAUGUCUGUAUUUUGAAGAUAUGACAACUAUUGAACCUCUCACCACUAUGGAUCCGGAGUUCGUUUGAUUUUUACCUUUCAAAUUAUUGUUAUGCAUAUGGACAUUGACAUUUUGUAGGAUAUUAUUGGUUUAUUAAACUUAAGGUAUACGUUUACUCAGAAUGAAAAAAAAUUCCACUGAUGAUAAUGAAUAACCAUCUAUUGUGUGGGAAAGACCUAUCAUGGUAGUGCUAUUUUUCACUUUCAAAAAAGUAGGUCAAUGACCUACUUUUUGAGAUAAUGGGCAUUGAAUAUUUUUUGAAAAUUUAAGAAAAAUCCCCGAAAAUUUAACACUAUGAUUGAGAUUUUCUUAUUUGUGAAAAAAAUUUAAAUUGCAAAAUUCUUUUAAAAAUGAAAUACAGUUUAUGAAUGGCAGUGACACUAAACAGACACAAAGCAUCAAGUUUUCAUUCACAAUUUUUAUGAAUAUUCCAGUCCGAAUUUCCUCUAUCAGUUUUCAAAUUCCUACACUUUUUUGAUUCAAUUUUACAAAAAACUGAAUGAUGAUAAUACCAAAACAUUUAUAGCAUUAAACUAGGUAUAUUGACCUUACUCUGCAGGCAUAAAAGUUAUAUGAGGUCAAUGAUCAAAAUUUUGAAAUAAGGUGUCUUUUAUCAUUUUUAAGCAUUUUUCAAUAUUUUUGUAGUGUGUGCCAUUCAAAUAUCUAAACGAAAAAGUGAGAUAAAACCAACAGAAAAUAUGCAAAAUUAUGUUGACUAACAUAUAAAAUCUUAACUUUGAAUAUUACAGUACUACCAAAAAUAUCUAAGUGAAAAACAAAAUCUGAAAAUUUUAGUCCGAAUUUCCUCUGUUUUGAAAAUGUCCAACUUUGUUUGAGCCUAUUUCCAUAAUAUAGUAAAAAUAUAGAAUGGUUUGUCAAUAAUAAUUCAUUUCAUAAAUACUUUUUGUGAUUAGAACAAAUUUUACUCAUGAUAUUGAACUUUAUAACAAUCCAAAUUUGAGAACUCAAACCCUGAGUAAACA